CUGCUCUCGGAGGCCUGCCGCUCUGUGCCUCUGAGCUUGUCUCUCCCGGAAGUGGGUUUCUUCUGCGCAGAAGCCACGUGGGUCCCUUGGCCAGAGUCAAGGACUCAAGCUUCUACUCUCCUUGGUCAUUAUGGAGCCAGGUAGUUCCUGCUUUGAGUCAGAACUUGAUUUCUGCCCUGAAUGUGGUACAGUCCUUCCACUGCCAGGUGUCCUUGACAAGGUGGCAUGUUACUGUUGCGAUUUCCUCAUUGAUGUGAAAGAAUUUGAAAAGAGAAUUAUUAAUACAUCAGUCACCUUUAACAGGAUAGAUUCCAGGAUUACUGUGGAUGAAGGAAAAGCAGUCACGGGACCAUUGAUUGACCGGAAGUGUCCUCAGUGUGGGCAGGAAGGCAUGGUGUAUCAUACUCGGCAGAUGAGGUCUGCAGAUGAAGGGCAGACAGUCUUCUAUACCUGCAUCCAUUGCAAGUUCCAGGAAAAGGAAGAUUCUUGAUCACUUUUGACCAGAUUUGAAGGGAAAUGCCUCACUUCCUAGUACAACUAGAAAUACUUCAGAAAGUGAUCUUUUGAUUGUUACUUUGCAAAUAUAAUGCUUGCAGGUUCCGUGGAAGUAUCUUCUUGGUUGAGCUGGAUUAUUUUUGGAUGAUGACUAUAGUCUUCUGCAGUGGGUCACACCAGCAGCCACAUGUUUCAAGUGAAAAUAGAAGUUAAACAAAACGUAUGACACUGUGAUCGUGCUGGACAUCUGGAAUCUUUUCUCCUUAUUCAGUUUGUGGUUUUCUUCUUUGGCCAGGGAAAGGAGGGAACAAUAAUGCUAAACAAAUCCAGAGCUAAGGAUAACAUUGCUGCCUUCAGUUCCUAUAUUGGACUGAAAAUAUAAAUUGUACAAAUAAAUAUUUGCAAUUUGUA